AAUACAGAGCUCCCAAAGAUAAUCCAUCGUUUAUCUGGGUGUGCUAGAUACUCCCUGCAAAUAUUGAAUCUCGGAGAAAACAAAAUCAAUGGCACGUUGCCUGACCUCUCAAUGUUUUCAACCUUGAAAACAUUGGACCUUUCUGAAAAUAAUUUAAAUGGAAUACCUGAUGGUAGCAAAUUGCCCCCUAAGUUGGAGUCUUUGUUGAUCCAAUCGAACUCCUUGGAAGGUGAUAUUCCAAGAUCAUUUGGGAACGCAUGUGCUUUGAGCUCAUUGGACCUGUCUUCUAACAAUUUGAAUAUAGAGCUCCCAAUGAUAAUCCAUCUUUUAUCUGGGUGUGCUAGAUACUCCCUGCAAAUAUUGAAUCUCGGAGAAAACAAAAUCAAUGGCACGUUGCCUGACCUCUCAAUGUUUUCAACCUUGAAAACAUUGGACCUUUCUGAAAAUAAUUUAAAUGGAAUACCUGAUGGUAGCAAAUUGCCCCCUAAGUUGGAGUCUUUGUCGAUCCAAUCGAACUCCUUGGAAGGUGAUAUUCCAAGAUCAUUUGGGAACGCAUGUGCUUUGAGCUCAUUGGACCUGUCUUCUAACAAUUUGAAUAUAGAGCUCCCAAUGAUAAUCCAUCUUUUAUCUGGGUGUGCUAGAUACUCCCUGCAAAUAUUGAAUCUCGGAGAAAACAAAAUCAAUGGCACGUUGCCUGACCUCUCAAUGUUUUCAACCUUGAAAACAUUGGACCUUUCUGAAAAUAAUUUAAAUGGAGAGAUACCUUAUGGUACCAAAUUGCCCCCUCAGUUGGAGUCUUUGUCGAUCCGAUCGAACUCCUUAGAAGGUGGAAUUCCAGAAUAAUUUGGGAGCACAUGUACUUUGAAUUGGUUGGACCUUUCUCAUAAUAGUUUGAGCGAAGAAGUAAAAGGGAUAUUUAGUCACUUUUCUGGGUGUUCUGGAUAUUCACUGCGAGAAAUAUAUCUCAAUGGCAACAAAAUCAAUGGCACAAUAUCUGACUUCUCAGUGUUUUUAAAAUUCAAAACAGUUUGGCUCUCAGGGAAUCGAUUAGGUGUGAAGAUACCUAAAAGCAGCAUAUUAUCAUUAGAUCAAUUGGAGAAAGAGAGUGGAGUUCCAAUUUCAUUUCAAAAUGCAGGUACUUUGCAAUCACUGCACCUGUCCAAUAAUAGUUUGAGUGAAGAGCUUCCGACGAUAAUCCAUCACUUGUCAAGAUAUGCUAGAUACUCAUUGCAAGAAUUAGAUCUAAGCAUGAAUCAAAUCAACGGCACUCUGCCCAACCUCCGUCCACUGCUCCCAUCUUUGAAAGCAUUGGAUCUUAGUGAAAACAGGCUUAAUGGGACCAUUCCUAAAGAUGUUCAAUUUCCAACAGAACUAGAGAGUUUAGUUUUGAAUUCAAACUCUAUGAAAGGUGUGAUCACUGACUUCCACUUUGCUAAUAUGUUUGAGUUAGAAUCAUUGGACUUGUCUGAGAACUCAUUGGGCUUGGCAUUUACCCACAAUUGGGUCCCACCAUUUCAGUUGUCCGUCAUCAGAUUGAGAUCUUGCAAGCUAGGUCCAGCGUUUCCCAAAUGGUUGCAAACACAAAAUAACUACGCCACUAUUGACAUUUCUGAUGCUGGAAUAUCAGAUACUGUUCCACGUUGGUUUUGGGCUAAAAUAGCGUCGCAAGAGUGGAUGGAAAUGAAUAUUUCACACAACAAUCUCAAAGGUGUAGUUUCAAAUUUUCCACUAAAGAAUCCUCAAUAUUCUCUAAUUCUUGCAUCGAAUCAAUUUGAAGGUCCAAUACCACCAUUUCUACUACAUUCAACGAUUCUCGAUCUAUUAAACAAUACAUUUUCAAAUUCUCUUUCAUUUUUAUGUGCCAGCGGUGUAGCCGAUACUUUAUACAGUCUAGACCUUUCAAACAAUCAAUUAUCUGGACAAAUUCCAGAUUGUUGGAGCCACUUCAAGUCACUAGUUUAUCUAGAUUUGAGUCAUAAUAAAUUUUCAGGAAAGAUUCCUACUUCAGUAGGAUCACUUUUUCAACUUCAAGCACUGCUAUUGAGAAACAAUAACUUAACAGAGGAAAUUCCUUUCUCGUUGAGAAGUUGCACAAAGUUAGUAAUGAUAAAUAUGGCAGAAAAUGGAUUAUCAGGACCUAUCCCUACUUGGAUUGGAAGCACGUUGCAAGUGUUGCAAAUUUUAAUCUUAGCAAGGAAUCAAUUCUUUGGAAGUUUGCCAUUACAAAUUUGUUAUCUAAAAAGCAUUCAACUUUUGGAUCUCUCACUCAAUAAUUUCUCUGGACAAAUUCCUAAAUGCUUCCAAAAUUUCACUUCAAUGGCUCGAAACACUUCCUCGAAGCAUCAUCAACAUUAUUUUGUCAACACGAGUUAUGUGACGGGAAAUACGUCUUAUGAUUUGAAUGCAAUCUUAAUGUGGAAAGGUGCGGAAGAAAUGUUCACGAAUUAUGGGCUUUUCCUUUUAAAAAGCAUUGAUCUCUCUAGCAACAACUUCUCAGGAGAAAUUCCAGCAGAAAUAGAGGAUUUAUUUGCAUUGAUUUCAUUGAAUUUAUCAAGAAACAAUUUGAGAGGAGAAAUUCCUUCAAAUAUUGGAAAGCUUGCAUCACUUGAAUUUCUUGACUUAUCAAGAAACCAAAUUGUUGGUUCAAUUCCUUGGAGUCUUACUCAAAUUGAUCGACUCACCAUGUUAGAUUUGUCGCAUAACCAUCUAAGAGGAGCAAUUCCAACUGGUACACAAUUACAAAGUUUCAAUGCUUCCAGUUAUGAAGAUAAUUUUGAUCUUUGUGGGGCGCCACUUGAGAAAUUGUGUGUUGAAGGGGAACCACCGCAAGAACCAAUUCAAGAGAAAGAUGAUUCGCUCUUCACUCGUGGAUUUUACAUUAGCAUGACAUUUGGAUUUGUGAUAGGCUUUUGGGGGAUCUUCGGCUCAAUCUUGAUUAAGCGUUCUUGGAGGCAUGCUUAUUUCAAGUUCUUGAACAAUUUCAUAGACUCUUUAUGUCAUGGUUGCAAAUAAACUUAUCAACUACAGGCGUUGAUCCAGAGCAUUGCUGGUAAUAAUGGCUAAAGGUUAGCAGAAAAAGGAUUCAAACUGAGAAACCAAGCUUUAAUGUGAUUGCAAAUCAUGCCUUCGAUGGUGAUUCGCUAGAGAUGGGGGUAGAAGUAUCAGUUCCAGAUUGAGAUGCAAGUGUCUCCAGCGUCUUGUGAAAUUCUUCAGGGAGAGGAGGAGGUCGGUGGAGAGGAACAUGCUUGGGAACUGGAGCAUCAUUCUCAAUCACCUCACAUUCGUAAUCAUCUGGAACACCCCAUGGAUCCCACUCUGCAAUCCAACACAUAGACGUGAACAAAUUUUUUAAUAGUUGCUGCAAAAGCUUUGCAAGGAAUGCACUUAACAAUUCCCUUUCAUAUACAUUUGUAUGAAUUCAGAAUGCAAGACAAAUAAAGGAUCGAUUGGUUU